AUGUGACAGAUUCCUUUGGCGAGUUGUUCAUCGCUCACAGUUAUGGCGGUGUCAGGGAGUCGCAAGGAUGGAGUACAAUCCACAUCUUGAUAUCUGCUUUUCUCGUUGACUCAGGAACGUGUUACCACUUUUCCUUGAUUGUUACAUACUACUCCGUAUUAUUCCUGCAACGAUGGCGGGCCGAGGCGUGGAUAUGUCAGCACUGCCAAAAGAGGUCAGGGACCAAUUGGCGGAGUUGGAUUUGGAGCUGUCUGAAGGUGAUAUCACUCAGAAGGGAUAUGAGAAGAAAAAGACUAAACUUCUGCUUCCCUUCUUCAUGCAAACACCAGUAGAACCUCCCCCUCCUGCCUAUGACGCGCAUGCUCCUGGUCCUAGCAACGCUUCUGGCUCCACCCAUGUCAACGCUCACACACAGGCUCCUCCCCCCAGCUCCUCUUCUCGCUACCGUGAUCGCCGCUCCCGACGACCGCACCGCAGCGGAGGGACCAGGGAUGACCGUUACCGAUCAGAUAUCCACACAGAGACGGUGCAGGCUGCGUUGGCCAAACACAAGGAGGAGAAGAUGGCACUGCCCAUGCCCACCAAACGCCGCUCCACCUACGUCCAGUCGCCCGUCAUCAACUGCACCCCACCAGACUCGUCGUCAGGUUCAGAGGAUGAGGGUGCUCUGCUGAGGCAGUCGUCAGUGGGAGUCGAUUUGGAGGCUCUGGACACUCCCUCUCUGCUGCAGCCCCCCAGUCUGCAGAGCCCUGACUCCUGGAUCAACCACUCUGUCCAAGGCUCGUCCACCUCCUCCUCUGCCUCCUCCACCCUGUCCCAUGGAGAGGGCAAGCCCCAGCCUCAACCAUCCCAGCCCCAAGCCCAGCCCCAGUACAAGCCCCAGUAUCAGCCCCAGUAUCAGCCCCAGUAUCAGCCCCAAUAUCAGCCCCAGUACCAGCCACAACUACAGCCACAGCAUCCAGUCAUAGCUGACAUGCUGGCUCACGCACGCAUCGGCCCUUCAGAGAACAGUACCCCUCCCCCAGAUGUGACAACAGCGGCCCCCCAGGCCAGGGACUUCUCUCAGGUGGACCGGCCCAACAACCCUCCCGUGGUCCAGGGGAUGAGCCGUGGACAGAGUCGCUCCGGCAUGAUGGAGACAGCCGACGGUGUCCCGAUUAACAGCAGGGUGUCCACUAAGAUUCAGCAGCUGCUCAACACCUUGAAGAGGCCCAAGAGGCCCCCGCUCAGUGAGUUCUUCAUGGACGACCAGGAGGAAAUUGUAGAGGUGCCUCAGCCAGACCCCAACACCCCGCGGCCAGAGGGACGUCAGAUCAUCCCAGUGAAGGGGGAGCCCCUGGGGGUGGUCAGUAACUGGCCCCCUGCCCUCCAGGCUGCCCUGGUUCGCUGGGGGGCCACACAGGGCAAGAGCCCCGCCCUCACCGCCUUGGACAUCACUGGCAAACCCCUGUACACACUGACGUACGGGAAGCUGUGGAGCCGCAGUGUGAAGCUGGCCUACACCCUCCUCAAUAAACUGGGGCCCAAGAACGAGCAGGUCCUCAAGCCUGGGGACAGGGUGGCUCUAGUGUUCCCUAACAGUGACCCUGGGAUGUUUUUGGUGGCCUUCUAUGGCUGCCUGUUGGCUGAGGUCAUCCCUGUCCCUAUAGAGGUACCUCUGUCUCGCAAGGAUGCAGGAAGUAGUCAGGUGGGCUUCCUGCUGGGCAGCUGUAGUGUGAGUUUGGCUCUGACCAGUGAGAUCUGUCUGAAGGGACUUCCCAAGAUGCCCACUGGAGAGAUUCUACAGUUUAAAGGCUGGCCUCGGCUAAAGUGGGUGGUGACAGAUUCCAAGUACCUCACCAAACCUGGCAAGGACUGGCAGCCCCACAUCCCUACAGCUAACACUGACCCUGCAUACAUAGAGUACAAGGCUAGUAAGGAGGGCACAGUGAUGGGUGUGGCUGUGUCUAAGGUGGCCAUGUUGACCCAUUGUCAAGCACUGACCCAGGCCUGCAACUACUGUGAGGGUGAGACACUAGUGAACGUUCUGGACUUUAAAAAGGACAUGGGCCUGUGGCAUGGAGUUCUCACGAGUGUAAUGAACAGGAUCCACACCAUCAGUGUGCCCUACGCUGUGAUGAAGGCUUGCCCUCUCUCCUGGGUUCAGAGGGUCCACAUACACAAAGCACGCGUUGCCUUGGUGAAGUGUCGUGACCUGCACUGGGCCAUGAUGGCACACAGGGAACAGAGGGACACCAGCCUGGCAUCACUGCACAUGCUCAUUGUUGCUGAUGGAGCCAACCCCUGGUCGGUGUCAUCCUGUGAUGCCUUCCUCAACGUGUUCCAGAUCCACGGGUUGAAGCCAGAGGUCAUCUGUCCCUGUGCCACCUCCCCUGAGGCCAUGACGGUGGCCAUCCGCAGGCCGGGGGUGCCAGGGACGCCCAUCCCAGCCAGGGCCAUCCUCUCCAUGGGGGGUCUAAGUCACGGGGUCAUCAGGGUCAACGCGGAGGACAAGAACUCUGCCCUCACCGUGCAGGACGUGGGUCACGUGAUGCCUGGAGCUCUGAUGUGUAUAGUGAAGCCUGAAGGGCCUCCUCAGCUGUGUAAGACAGAUGAGAUAGGGGAGAUCGUGGUGAACUCUCGUGCCGGAGGCAACAUGUACUAUGGCCUACCAGGAGUCACCAAGAACACCUUUGAGGUGAUUCCUGUCAAUACUCUUGGUGCUCCUAUUGGAGAGAUCCCUUUUGUGAGAUCUGGACUCCUAGGCUUUGUAGGACCCGGCAGUCUGAUAUUUGUGGUGGGGAAGAACGAAGGCCUGCUGAUGGUGAGUGGGAGGAGACACAACGCUGAUGACUUGGUGGCCACAGCACUGGCCGUGGAGCCUGUCAAGACUGUGUAUCGCGGAAGGAUUGCGGUGUUCUCUGUGACGGUGUUUUAUGAUGAGAGGAUAGUUAUUGUGGCAGAGCAGAGACCAGAUGCCAGUGAGGAGGACAGUUUCCAGUGGAUGAGCAGAGUGCUGCAGGCCAUUGACAGUAUCCACCAGGUGGGUCUGUACUGCCUAGCCCUGGUGCCUGCCAACACGUUACCCAAGACCCACCUGGGAGGGAUCCACAUCUUUGAGACCAAGCAGAACUUCCUGGAUGGCAACCUGCACCCCUGUAACAUCCUCAUGUGCCCCCAUACCUGUGUCACCAACCUCCCCAAACCACGGCAGAAACAGCCAGUGGGUGUGGGUCCAGCCUCCAUCAUGGUGGGGAACCUGGUAGCAGGGAAGAGGAUAGCCCAGGCAGCAGGCAGGGAUCUGGGAAUGAUCGAGGACCAGGACCUGGUCAGGAAGCUCCGUAUGUGGCCUACUAUCAUGCACCAGUUCCUGUCCGAGGCUCUACAGUGGAGGGCACAGACUGAUCCAGACCACUGUCUCUAUGUGCUGCUCAAUGCAAAGGGGCUAGUUGUAUCCACAGCAACGUGUGUGCAGCUGCACAAGCGGGCGGAGAAGAUUGCAGCAGCUCUCAUAGAGAAAGGCAGCAUCAACACCGGGAACAAUGUGGUGCUGCUCUACCCUCCUGGUAUUGAUCUGAUAGCCUCUUUCUAUGGCUGCCUGUAUGCUGGCUGUGUUCCUGUCACUGUCAGACCUCCUCACCCACAGAACCUGGCAGCCACACUGCCCACUGUCCGCAUGAUCAUCGACGUCAGUAAAGCUGCCUGUAUCCUCACCACUCAGAACCUCAUGAGGACCCUGCGCUCAAAAGAGGCUGCUGCCACUGUGAACAUUAAAACAUGGCCGACAAUCAUAGACACAGAUGACCUCCCUCGCCGUAGACCCCCAAUGAUCUAUAAGCCCCCCACGGCAGAGAUGAUCGCCUAUCUAGACUUCAGUGUGUCCACCACGGGCAUGCUCACCGGGGUCAAGAUCUCCCAUGCGGCAGUCAGUGCUCUGUGUCGCUCCAUCAAGCUGCAGUGUGAACUCUACUCCUCACGCCAAAUAGCCAUCUGCCUAGACCCUUACUGUGGCCUGGGCUUUGUACUGUGGUGCCUCGCAAGUGUGUACUCAGGGCACCAGUCCAUUCUAAUCCCUCCUCUGGAGUUGGAGAGCUGUCUUCCCCUGUGGCUCAGCACCCUGAGCCAGUACCGCAUCAGAGACACCUUCUGCUCCUACUCUGUCAUGGAGCUCUGCACCAAGGGGAUAGGCACGCAGACAGAGAUACUCAAAGCGCGGGGUGUGAACCUGUCGUGUGUGAGGAGCUGUGUGGUGAUAGCAGAGGAGCGUCCUCGUCUGGCCCUCACCAUGUCCUUCUCCAAGCUGUUUAAAGACCUGGGCCUCUCACCCCGCGCUGUCAGCACAGCCUUCGGAUCCAGGGUCAACCUUGCCAUUUGCAUGCAGGGCACCACUGGACCGGACCCCUCCACUGUGUAUGUGGACAUGAAGUCCCUCCGCCAUGACAGAGUGAGGCUGGUGGAGAGAGGAGCCCCUCAGAGUCUCCCUCUGAUGGAGUCUGGUAAAAUCUUACCAGGAGUCAGGGUGAUCAUCGUCAACCCAGAGACCAGGGGACCUCUAGGAGAUUCCCAUCUAGGAGAGAUCUGGAUCAACAGCCCUCACAGUGCCAGUGGCUACUAUGCCAUCUAUGGAGAGGAGAGCCUGCUGGCCGACCACUUCAACACCAAGCUGAGCUUCGGAGAUCCCACGACCCUGUGGGCCAGGACUGGCUACCUGGGCUUCGUCAAGAGGACUGAGCUACUGGACGCCGCUGGGGAUCGUCAUGACGCCCUGUUUGUGGUGGGUUCCCUGGAUGAGACUCUGGAGCUGAGGGGGCUGCGCUACCACCCUAUCGACAUCGAGACAUCUGUGUCCCGGGCUCACCGCAGUAUUGCAGAGAGUGCGGUAUUCACAUGGACCAACCUACUGGUGGUGGUGGCUGAACUGAGUGGCUCAGAGCAGGAUGCCCUGGACCUGGUGCCCCUGGUCACCAAUGUGGUGCUGGAGGAGCACCACCUCAUCGUGGGCGUGGUGGUCAUCGUGGACCCGGGGGUCAUACCCAUCAACUCCAGGGGGGAGAAACAACGCAUGCACCUCCGGGACUCCUUCCUGGCUGACCAACUGGACCCCAUCUAUGUGGCCUAUAAUAUGUGAAGGGCUGGUUAUUGUAUGAUGGAAGAGAUUCCGGCUGGUGGAAGAAAGUGGUUUGGACCAACCUACUCCACAGACAGACAAUGCAUAUUGUGCCACAAGGUGCAGUAGGAGGUUGGCUGAACUUGACUAUACUGACCCUUGGGAAACCACAGCUCUUUUUGGGGUGCACGAUGUUCAGAUCUUAGGUCUUUUGCAUUCCAGGUCUGUUGGAUUUGAAGGGGGCACUCUGUUGUGUUUUGAGACGUACACUGUGUUUGAAAAAAAUAUAUAGUAAAAAAAAAAUAACAAUAUUUACACUCGGACAGAGUGAGUGUGUCUAUACCAAACACAGCUGUUCAACUGGAACUGGACAGGAAGAUAACCCUCUAAUCUCGCCACACCCCCUACAACCCUCCUGCCAAAUCAAACACCUCAACAGCCUGACUGGCCCUCUACUUGCACAGAGUGUCAGGGAGUAUUAAGGUGCUGAAGUCAAUCUUAACUCUUCCCACUCCUCCACAAUCCAAUCAUCUGUGGGGUAUUGUGAGGGGCCACGGGUUGAGGACUUCAUGUCUCUGGUGACAUCAUUUCCUGGGGUUGAGUGAUGUGUACAAAAUGCAUCCAUUAUAACUGUUUCUCCUCCCAAAGCUUUCCAGGUCUUACCCAGUCCUUGUUUUCUUUUUCUUAUCUUUGACUUAUUCUAAAUUGCCAUAUUUGUAUUGUAUUCACGCACACAUUCACAGAAACUCACACCGGUGCUUGCUUCACCCUGUAGUGACCUCUUGUCCGUGCACUUUAAGGCAGGGGGUUAUGAAGGAUGUGUGAAGGCAUAUUAGAACACUAAUGAACAUAUUAGCUAGACCAAUCAUCAGCUGUUGAUUUAACUUAUUCUGUCAGUCAUCAUGUACUCUACUUACAUCACAGGUUUAUUGCUUGAAGUUGUACAAAGGCAAAAUAUGAAAUGGAACACAUUCUUACCUUUCUUGAAUUAGGUUUACUUCCUGCCUUAUAAAACUUUGCCCAUACAAGUUUUGUUUUUCUCCAUUGCUGUUCUUCCAGUUCAUAACUGUUUGUGUUAUUGGGGUGAGGAUCCUGAUUUAUAUCCAAAGGGAUGUUUUGAGUAGAAGCUAGAAGCCAUUUACUGUACUGUACCCAUCAAGACCUCUGUAGUUUCGAUAUACUGUAUAGAUAUUAUUUUUUUAAAUGUGUGCAUAAAUGUGAGAAAAAAAACUCAACUCAUCCCUCUCACGUGAUGGUUGUCUGGAUAGCUAACAUAGUUGUGAGCAGAUGGUAGCGAAAGAAUAUUGUACAUAAGAAUUUAACACUAAUCUUGCACUUUCUCCAAAUAUUUUAUAUUUUUUCAUGAUCCAAUUAUGCACAUUCCUCGUGUUCAAGGAGCGUAUUAAUUGUGAGGAAUACUUUUUGAGGAAUCAGAGUUCACUAGGGAUUAGCAGAAAGGAACUAGCUAAUAGGGUCAGGAGUUUCCCCAGGUCAAGUCCCAUCCGGCUCGAAGGACCAUGAAAACAACGCCACCAUGAAUAAGGUUGUCAGGGAUUUGUACGGUCAGGGAUAACUACUGCCCCCAACCAGAGAUUGCUUUGAUGUUAUGAGCUUGGGGAGAAUGAUUAAACCAAUAUAAAUUACUGUUAUUUUGUGGAAAAGUAAAAUAAGCUCUUAUUUUUUUUCUAUGAACCACUGAUAAAUGGGAUUAGAUGCAGGGCACUUUUCACUGACUGUCCUAGGCUGAGUGAUUUAAGAAUGUGAGCGAGAGAAUAUGGCAAUGCAACAUUUUGCAUACGAAAAGGUCACCAAUUAGCAAAAUAGGACUGUAGUAUUUAAUGUAAUCAAACAUUGGCCACUGUCAAAGUGGACAGGUUUGAAAAUGAACUCCUAUUCAACUUUAAAUCACUAGAACCUGUUUUUCCCCCUGUAAACUUACAUUUCUUUUGUAAACGUCAAUAUUUUAUUAGCAAGUACAGAUAGGCACAGUCCUGUGGAUGAAAUAGGAGGACAACAGCCACGAGUUUAGCUUUUGUUAUGUUCUUCUCCUCCCCACACACAAUUUGUAGCACUCUAGGAAAAGGUUUCUCAUUUACUCUAAUCUUUAGAAGUUUUCACAUUUAUUAAUAUAUUGUAUGCUCCUUUCCGUUAUGUGCUCCUCAAAAAAAAGUUUUGUCUUGCAGUGGUAUAGGAGUCCAUGGUGAACUAUUCAUUUUCGUUGUCUAACAUGUAAAUAAUAUUUUUAUAAAUAUAUACACUACCGUUUAAAAGUUUUUGGUCUCUUAGCAAUGUCCUUGUUUUUGAAAGAAAAGCAAAUUUUGUGUCCAUUUAAAAUAACAUCAAAUUGAUCAGAAAUACAGUGUAGACAUUGUUAAUGUUGUAAAUGACUAUUGUAGCUGGAAACGGCAGGUUUUUAAUGGAAUAUCUACAUAGGCGUACAGAGGCCCAUUAUCAGCAACUACCACUCCUGUGUUACUAUGGCACGUUGUUUUAGCUAAUCCAAGGUUUUCAUUUAAAAGGCUAAUUGAUCAUUAGAAAACCCUUUUGCAAUUAUGUUAGCACAGCUGAAAACUGUUGUUCUGAUUAAAGAAGCAAUAAAACUGUCCUUCUUUAGAAUAGUUGAGUAUCUGGAGCAUCAGCAUUUGUGGGUUCGAUUACAGGCUCAAAAUGGCCAGAAACAAAGAACUUUCUUCCUCUAACUCGUCAGUCUAUUCUUGUUCUGAGAAAUGCAAGAAACUGAAUAUCUCGUACAAUGCUGUGUACUACUCCCUUCACAGAACUUUGCAAACUAGCUCUAACCAGAAUAGAAAGAGGAGUGGAAGGCUCUGGUGCACAACUGAGCAAAAGGACAAGUACAUUAGAGUGUCUAGUCCUCAACUGGCAGCGUCAUUAAAUAGUACCCGCAAAACACCAGUCUCAACGUCAACAGUGAAGAGGCGACUCCGGGAUGCUGGCCUUCUAGGCAGAGUUGCAAAGAAAAAGCCAUAUCUCAGACUGGCCAAUAAAAAUAAAAGAUUAAGAUGGGCAAAAGAACACAGACACUGGAAAGAGGAAGAUUGGGAAAAAAGUAUUAUGGACAGACUAAUCUGAGUUUGAGGUGUUCGGAUCACAAAGAAAAACAUUUGUGAGAACAAAUUUGUGCAGAAAAAAUGAAAAGAUGCUGGAGGAUUACUUGACUCCAUCUGUCAAGCAUGGUGGAGACAAUGUGAUAGUCUGGGGGUGCUUUGGUGGUGGUAAAGUGGGAGAUUUGUACAGGGUAAAAGGGAUCUUGAAGAAGGAAGGCUAUCACUCCAUUUUGCAACGCCAUGCCAUACCCUGUGGACAGCACUUAAUUGGAGCCAAUUUCCUCCUACAACAGGACAAUGACCCAAAGCACAGCUCCAAACUAUGCAAGAACUAUUUAGGGAAGAAGCAGUCAGCUGGUAUUCUGUCAAUAAUGGAGUGGCCAGCACAGUCAUCGGAUCUCAACCCUAUUGAGUUGUUGUGGGAGCAGCUUGACCGUAUGGUACGUAAAAAGUGCCCAUCAAGCCAAUCCAACUUGUUGGAGGUGCUUCAGGAAGCAUGGGGUGAAAACUCUUCAGAUUACCUCAAAAAUAUUGACAACUCGAAUGCCAAAGGUCUGAAAAGCUGUAAUUGCUGCAAAUGGAGGAUUCUUUGACGAAAGCAAAGUUUGAAGGACACAAUUAUUAUUUAAAUUAAAAAUCAAUAUUUAUCGUCUUGACUAUAUUGCCUAUUCAUUUUGCAACUCAUUUCAUGUAUGUUUUCAUGGAAAACAAGGACAUUUCUAAGUGACCCCAAACUUUUCAACGGUAGUGUAUAUAUCUUAAAUAUGUGAGAAGUGUGAAUGGGGUUGGUCUAUAUUUAACAUUCAGUCAUGUUAAACAACACAGCUUAAAAGCAUGAAAAGAAGAUGCAUUUUAUUUUGUCAUAAUGUAUGAAUAAGAACACUGUGUGAAGAUUGAACUAAUUGCAGUACUGCACUGUACCAGAGAUGUGUGAGUUAAACAAUUGUCCCCCUUGUGCUGUUCAAUUACAAUGUUUAGAGAGAUGAGAUGGUUGCCAUAUGAUUUGAACGUAUCCAUGCAGAAAAACAAAAGCAGUGACAAGUUAUAGUGCCAUAUCCUGCCUUUAAAUGUACGUUAAAAGUUCACCGUUGAAUGUCUGCAUGACUCAGAGACCAAGCAACGUUAGGCAUCAGAUUUUUGGGAGACAUUUCAAAGAACAAUAGUUGGCUACUCUGACAACAGGGAAGGACCAGGUGGUCCCCCGGUGCAGUCUGUGAAUAAUACUCCCCAUGUUUUGGAUGUUUGUCCCAGGACUUGCUUGUCAUUAAUGCUAAGACUGCAAACAUUAAGAAGAGUAAAAGGGGGUUACUCAGUGCUGCAAUCCAUCUAUGACCGGGAGGUCAAUAAGGGCUUCCUCUUCUCUCUGCUCUCUCCAAAAUAGUUUUUAACACUAUGCAAUCAAUGGCCGUGCAGUUUAACCCCAAUUCUUACACAGGCUGGGUGAAAUGUAUUUUGUAAUAAAUAUACAAAGAACGAGGUCUUAAGUUUGACUAGUGGUAUUGUACAUAUACCACUGCACACAUCUCUUUAUCUGAGUUAAAUCAAUAUUUUGUGUAUGCACUCCUGGUAUGCUGUGUGUAUAUACAUUAUUUGGUUAAUAAUAAUAAUAAUAAUA